GUCCACGGUUACAACUCCCUUUGUAAUAGUCAGUGACUGGCUUCCUGUACAAUUAGCCUGAUUAGUUAUAGUACACAUUUUAUUGAUUCUAAUUGGGCAAUCUGAUUGGGCACUAUUGUUCAGAAUCUCUGUUCCAUACACAUGAACAGAACGAAGUAACAGAGAAACCAGACCGGGGAGCAGACUCAAGACAAAUAACAAACCAAACUGAUUGCUUUAAGACUACACGUAAUUUUGUAUUGUUUGUUCUGGAACUUUCAAUUGAAUGUGUGAAAAUAUUUGCAGCUGCGGUACAGUAUGUCAACGCAUGAAGGGAAUUUGCAUAACACACUGAAGCCUAAAAUUAAAGUUGAACCAGGCCAGUGCAAUGUUUUUGAUAACUAUCCAGAAAGAAAAGAUGAUUACGGUUUUUUGAAAAAUGUUUUGCCAACAAUUCCAUCAACAGUAAACCCCUUAUAAGAUCUCAAAAAGAAAUUGGAAAUAAUGAUAAUUGUAUGAAAUAUGAGGAUAACUGCAGAAAUGUAUUCAGUGAAGAACAAUAUAAGUUUGACAGUUUAAUAGAACAUUUGGAAGAAAACAACGAACAUUGUAGAGAAACCCAUUUAGGUAUCAAGAUAGAAGAGGCACACUCUCAAUGUCAAUUUUUUGCCAAGGAAUUUGAUCAUAAAACUAAAUUAAGAAAACAUUUGACAAUACAUACAGGAGAAAUGCCCAAUGAAUGUAGGAAUUUGAACGCACAUUUAUGGAAAGUGAUAGGAGAUAGGCCUACAUCAUAUGAAUGUGAACAUUGUGGAAUGAAGAUCAAUCAAGGCAAGAGUUUGAAGGUACAAUUAACGAAACAUAAAGGACAAGUAGCAUAUGAAUGUGAACAAUGUGGAAAGAAAUUUACGCACAGGAACAGUUUGAAAACACACUUCAGGACACAUACUGGAGAGAAGCCAUAUGAAUGUGAAUAUUGUGGAAAGCGAUUUAAUCAAAGUGGUAGUUUCAAUACACAUUUAAGGAUACAUACAAAAGAGAGACCAUAUGAAUGUGAACAUUGUGGAAAGAAGUGUAUUACCAGUAGCUAUUUGAAAAUACAUUUAAGGACACAUACGGGAGAAAAACCGUACGAAUGUGAACUUUGUGGAAAGAAGUGUAUUACCAGUAGCUAUUUGAAAAUACAUUUAAGGUCACACGCGGGAGAAAGACCGUAUGAAUGUGAUCAUUGUGGAAAGACAUUUAUAAAUUACCGGAAUUUUAAACUACAUAUAAUGGAACAUACAGGUAAGAAACCACAUUCAUGUGAACAUUGUGGAAUGAAGUUUCUUCACAGUGGCGGUUUGAAAAAGCAUUUGCCAAAACACACGGGAGAGAGACCGUUUGAAUGUGAACAUUGUGGAAAGAAAUUUAAACAACGUAGUACUAUGAAAAAGCAUGUAACCAUGCAUACAGACGAACCGAGUGAAUGCAAAGAGUGUGGAAAGAUAUUUAAGAUAAAAGAGUCGUAUAAAAGACAUAUGAAGCUGCAUGCAGAUGACGUACCGUAUGAAUGUGAACAUUGUGGAAAGAAGUUUCUUUAUAAAGGCGUCUGGCAAGUACAUUUGAGAAUACACACAGGUGAGACUCCAUAUCAAUGCAAACAAUGUGGAGAGAGAUUCGGUGACAUUUCCAACCUCAGAAGGCAUAUAAAGAGGUGGCACGAAGAAAAACUGGAAUUUUCCUGAAUCUGAAAGCGGGUUGUACAUCCUUCUUGAAAGACAGUCCUACCCACCUUAACUUAGGUUGUACAGUAUACCCCAGAAAAUAAUAUGCUGAAUAAUAUAAUUUUGAUUUAUUUAAAAAAAAAAAAAACAAAACAAAACACAAAAACCUUAAUAUUGAAAAAAAA